CACCUCUCUUGUUUAAAGACAAGAUCUCUCGUCCGACUAUGUAACUUUCCUCCUCGUCCGCUCCUUCGUUGGCAGUUGUACGCUCGUCUGAAUUGUCUCCUAAUCAAGUCCUUAUAACUAGAUUGGCAUGGUUAAUGAAUAGAACUGUGUAACGAUGUUUAGACUUCUCGAUGUAGCUUACUCCAACAAAAUCCCACUUGGCAUUUUCAGAAACUUGAUCACUCUCCGUACUCUAAACCUACGUCUCAAAUCCCCAUGUGGCCAACUCCCUUCUAAUCUUUAUCUCUAUUCUAAUAUUCGUAAUUUAGCUCGAAACAUUAGGUUCCAUCUCUCCGUCUAGCGCAAAUAGAACUCCAUAUGCAUCAAUUUGGAGGUCCUCACCUCACUGCCAACCCAUAUCCAUUAGGUAGGAAAGUGCAACCAUAUAUGUCAAAAGGAAACAGUUCUAGUUUUUCUCCGUUUUUGUGUUUGUUUUCUGAGAAAUUUAAGGGGAUAAUUGGUGGUUUGUGUUGAAUGUUGGGGGUAAUGGUGGAUGCCCACUAAAUUACUUUCAAAUUCUCUUAGUUAAAGUUAACAGACAAAGUCGGAGACUACAGGGAAAGUGUCAUUUUGAAACUUAAAGGCAGGUUCUUCCCUUAAUUAAGCCGCCGCGUGGUCUUGUCAAUGUCAAUGCUAAACUGGCCACAAUCCACAGCCCUAUGUGCAAUUGUGCAGUAUUGUGUAGUAAGCUUCGUUUACAUUUACAAAAGCACCGGUAAGCUCUGGACUAGCUACACCUGUACCUUCUCUAAUUUUCGUUUAUCGUUUGUCCAAGUGAGACAGUGAAGAAGAGAGAACAACUAACCUUGAUUAAGGGAGGCUAUUAUUCUUUCUUCAUGGAUUCAUUACAAAGCUCGGAUUGCAAUUGAAAUUAGUUCAGUUCUUGAAUUGGGUAUUUACGAUUUGAAGUGGUGGGAUGGAAACUGACAGUGGUGGGAAGGAAGCUGGGAUGGAAGCCGAAAGUGGUGGAAGGGAAGCUGAAUUUAUUGGAGGAGCUUUUCUUGGAGCACUGUUUGAGGACCUACUAAGAGGUGUUGCAGAGGGCAAAGAGAAAGACAAAAAUUUAAGGCCCCAUUUGGAGCAUGUGGAAUCUGCUUUGCGAAAUAAUGCUAGGGUUAUCGAACAUAUUGAGAAGUGCAAUAAAAUAUUGGAUCAUCCAGGGAGUGAAACUCAAUUGUUGAUUGACAAAAUGAAGGGAGGCGGGGGGCUUCUUCGCAAGUGCUCCACAGUGAAGUGGAAUCCCAUUAAAAACACUCGUUAUGCUAAUAAACUAGUGAAACUGGAUAGCCUAAUUGACAGGCUCCUUCAGGUUGAUAUGCCAGCUCAAAAGACAGGUGACAACAAAGAAAUUCUUGUGGGUGUGACAGAUCAACAAAGGUCUUUAAUCGCAUGUUCUAGUACUGGAGACAUUCGUGGCAAGUUUGAUCAAGAUGGGAUUAUUAGACCUUGCUCAGUGCCUGAUCCUCCGGAGAUUACCCCUGGAUUAGAUGUACCUUUGGAGGAGUUAAAGAGGGAAUUGUUAAGGGAUGGCAAGCAAGUGAUUGUUGUGUCAGCUCCUGGAGGAACUGGGAAGACUACAUUGAUUAAAAAACUUUGCAAAGACCAAAACGUUGAAGAAAAAUUCAAGGACAAGAUUUUCUUUGUCAGUGUUUCUAAACCACACGAUGUGAAGGUCAUCGUACGGAAAAUAAUCCAACAUUUGGGUAAAGAUGUACCUGAGUUUCAAACAGAUGAGCAUGCAAUCAAUGACUUGGAACGAUUGUUGAAGGAAAUGGGAUCACAGCCCAUAUUGUUAGUCCUUGAUGAUGUCUGGUCUGAAUCAGAAUCCAUGCUGCACAAGUUCAAGUCCCAAUUGCCCAAUUACAAGAUUUUGGUGACUUCAAGAUCUGUAUUCCCAAAACUUGGUUUUGUAUAUAAAUUAAAACCAUUGAAUGAAGAAGCUGCUGAAACACUUUUCCGUUAUACAACAGGUGGAGACUCAUCCAUUCAAGAUCAAAAGCUUGUCAAUAAGAUAUUGGGAAUCUGUAAGGGAUCUCCUCUCGCCCUUACUGUUGUUGGUAGAUCACUCUGCGGGCGGCCUGCAGCGGUCUGGAAAAGUAAAGUCAAGGAAUGGCAGGAUACUACUAUUUUCCCUUCUAACACUGAUUUGCUUGUUUGUCUCCAAAGCAGCUUGGAUGCCUUAAAUGAUAAGCUCAAGGAGUGUUACAUGGACCUUGGUUCAUUUCCUGAGUACCAUAGAAUUCCUGUCACCACCCUUAUCGACAUGUGGGUGGAAUUGUAUAAAAGGGAUGAAGAUGAUCUUUGUGCCAUCCUUAGUGAUCUCUCCAAUGUAAAUCUGUUUGAUCUAGUGGCGACAAGUGAUGAAAGCUCCCACCACGAUCACUUUGUUGUACAGCAUGAUCUUCUCAGAGAGCUAAUUAUAUAUCAAAGCAUGUUGGAACCAGUAGAAAAGAUGAAAAGACUAUUCAUCGAGAUAAGUGGAAACAAUUUUCCUGAGUGGUGGUUGGAAAAGAAAUCGCAACCAGUAAAUGCGCGUCUCUUGUCGAUAACCACAGAUGAUACAUUCUCAUCUAGUUGGUAUGAUCUCGAAGCACCUGCAGUAGAAGUUGUGGUUCUAAAUGUUCGAACAAAGGAGUACACCAUGCCGAAUUUUAUGGAGAAGAUGAAAAAUUUGAAGGUGUUGAUAGUCACAGGUUGUGGAUUCCUUCCUGUUGAAUUAAGUGACUUUCAACUUCUCAGUUCUUUGCCCAAUCUAAAGAGAAUUAGAUUGGAGCGAGUUUCAAUUCCUUGGUUUGACAUGACAACGAUGCAAAUGAAACAUCUGCAGAAGAUAUCUUUGGUUUUAUGCAAUGUGGGUCAGGUUUUCAGUAAUUCUACCUUCCAAAUUUCAAAUGCAUUUCCAAAUCUGAAGGAGUUGGACAUUGAUUAUUGCAAUGAUCUUGAGGCACUGCCCGAUGACAUGGGUAAUAUCAUCUCCCUAAAAACUCUCAGCAUCACUAAUUGUCAUAAGCUGCCCCAACUGCCUGAUGGAUCGGCAAGCUGGUAAACUUGGAGGUUUUAAAGCUUGCUUCGUGUACU